UGGAGAUGGAGGAAAUUCACGCCUUCGAGAGCACCGGGAUGGAUGCUCUCGACAUCGAGGCGGUAAGGCCCGACGGAUCGAUCUACGCUACCACGUCUGGAGCUGGGGCGAGCCCCGCGGCCCUGGAAUCGCCAGGCCUCGCAAUGCAGCUGGUAGCUCACAGGACGGAGCCGGAUUCCGGAUGGAAUAUCGAAGGCGCGCUUAGCCAGGAUUUAUCGCGAGGAAGAGGAAAGAGGGCCGCGGAGGGGGCUCGAGAGAGGCCACAGGGCGGGCGGGCGUGGGGAAAUUUGGGAAAGAGUGCUAGGAGGAGGCGAGACUCUGGCUUGGAGAAUCCGGAGGAGGACGAGUCUUUCAAGCAAAUCAGGGAGGAACUGGAGGAAGUUGCGAGACAAUGGACGUCCGAAAUUCAAGUGUCCGAGUUUUGGCAAUCCGAUUGCAAGUAUGCCAGUUUUUCGCCGAAGGUUGAUUUUAACUCCGAAGAUGGAGCCACAAACUCGGAUGAGUUUCAACUUCCUCUCUUUGCUUCGGCGCUGACUCCAAAAAAGCCUGGCGUCGAGAAUACUGACGAGUUUGUUUCGCACGUCGGAGGUUCUGUCUGGUGCUUAGACUGGUGUCCGCAGCGGCCAGGUUGGAAGAUCUUGCAAGAUGGUUGUGAGAAAGAGUAUUUGGCUGUUGGAGCCCACCCUGCAUCAUUGACUCCCAGGAGGUUUGGACAGCCAUUGUCAGAAUAUCACAAACUCGGUGAGCCUUUGUCUGGAAAGGCCUUGGUUCAGGUUUGGGCCUACAGCUUCACAGCGGAAGCCGACGAACUUUCUAACGAUGGAACACAAGACAGCGAUGGCACAGAAGCCGAUCCGGUCGGUGCUCACGCGCAGCCAGAACAUCAACUCGAGGAGACGGAAGAAAUGGAUGUGGAAGUGGUUUACGAAGGUGACGGUGGAAGGGGCAGAGGGAGAGGGAGAGGGAGAGGGAGAGGGAGGCGUGGAAGGGGAAGAGGUGGCAGGGGGGCAACUCCCAAGGGACUCUCCAGAAUGAAAGACAGUGCCAGAACAAAACGACCAGGACGGCGGUCAAGAGAUCUGGAACUUCCAAAGAUGGCUCUAGCUAUAGCACACGAAGGUGGAGUUACGUGGGAUGCAAAGUGGCAACCAGCGGAAGGAAGGAAUGCCGUUGCCAACUAUCAAGAUCGGGAAUUUCUACGCCUUGGUUUUCUUGCGCUAGCACUAGGUGACGGGUCGUUGCAAGUGUUUGACGUGCCAUUGCCGAAGGUAUUUGAGACUUUGGAUUCCAAGGGUGUUCCUAUGGUCGUUUCCAUGGCGCCGGUAUUCAAAUGCUCGGAGCUGAGAAGCGGUGGUCAAAAGAGUAUUCCGCUGACUCUUGAGUGGUCAACCUCGUCUCCACAUGACUUGCUCCUCGCCGGUUGCCACGACGGGACGGUUGCACUCUGGAAAUUCACUCCUACUAACGCCAACGAGGAAACUCGGCCUCUAUUGUUUUUCAUAGCGGAUAGUUUUGCUUUGCGUACCAUAGCGUGGGCACCUUCUAACAGUGGUAUCGAGGGGGAACACAUAGUUGCGACCGGUGGCCACAGCGGUCACUUGAAGUUUUGGGAUCUAAGGGAUCCUUUUCGGCCGUUGUGGGAACUGAGACUGUCUAGAGGACAGAUUUUAUGCAUGGAUUGGCUUGAAGUGCCAAGAUGUAUCUUGGUGACCUUGGACGAUGGGACGCUGCGGACCAUCAGUUUAAACAACGCUCUGUCUGAUACACCUGUUACAGGGAAGCCUUUCACAGGGACUCAAGCUCAAGGGGUGCAAUCUUACUACUGCUCCUCUUUUGCAAUUUGGAACAUUCAAGUGUGCCGGAAUACAGGCUUUGUAGCAUAUUGCAGUGCUGAUGGAUCGGUUAUUCACUUUGAGCUAAGUGAAAAAGCAAUAGAGAAAGGAGGUACACGCUACAGGGAACCUCACUACCUAUGUGGUGCCUUCGCAGUGAACAGGGAGAAGAAGGCAUUAGUCAUAGUUUCUCAGGAUUUCCAGGGGCCCGUUCAAAUGAAAAGGUCACUCACGGAAUGGAGCUUCACACCGAGGUCCAAACGGGGAUUUACCGUUAGUGUCAACCAGGAAAUGAGAGCAAGCAGCAUAGCUGCAGGUCUUUUACCACCUACGGCAGACAGCCCAAACAAGAAAAAGGGAAAGAGGGGCAGGAAAAAAAACGCUCCCAGUGCCGACAGUCCGGUGGUAAACGUGGAAGAAACCGAAGGAUUUCCCGGGCCAAUGGACUUGGAAGAACCUCAAACACCGGCUGGAGUAGCAGGACAGGCAGGAGCGUUGGUUUGCAAGGAAGAGAUUUUAGAUAGUGCCUUGGAUACCAGCGGUAAAGCCGUGCAACCUCCAAACACGGUGGAAGAGAUGCCUUCAAAGCUUGUGGCAGUUCACAGGGUCAAGUGGAACCCGAACAAGAGCAGCGCUGGCUGGGUGUGUUACGGUGGAGCUGCUGGUAUCAUUAGAUGCAGGCUGGUAUCGUCAACCACAUAGAAUGUAUGUAUCCUAUCCUUUUUUUUCUUCUUGUUUAUUCUAUCUUCUUUGUUCAGUUA